AUGCCAGUCAUCCUACGCUCGAGAAAUUUGUGCACGGAUCUAGGAGUUGCCAAUGGCACACAGGGGAUCGUCCAGCGCAUCUACACCACCAUCUGCGACUCCGGUUUCACUUACUGCACUUGUGCGCUUGUAGAAUUUCCCACAAGCCGGGUCGCAAUCCCAGGUCUGCCCGCAGGCGUUUUCCCUGUCACCCCAAUCUCGUGGGCGUUCACGACUUUGCCCCCCGGCUCUUUUGAUCCAUCAACCAAGGUCAGGGUCACCUGUAGUCAGUUGCCUAUCCAGCCAUCAUUUGCGGUCACUGGUCAUUCGGCUCAAGGCAAGACCCUACCGAGUGUGAUUGUAGACUUACAUGAAGGGGGUUUUGGUGCAUAUGUCGCUGCAUCCCGAGCACGAUCUAGAGAAGGUCUGUGCAUCACGCAGGCUGUUACGAUUGACCAGUUGAACAGGCCACUGCCAUAUGAUUUAUUGCAGGAAAUGAAGCGCUUGGGUGAUUUAGAA